CAAGGUGUUUACGUGACUAUUGCCAUACCCGGCCUUCACCCAUAAUCAGUUUUAAUAUCAAAUAGUUAGUGUGACUGUAACCGUAGUCGGUGAUCGAUUGACCGACAACCAAUUAGAACGUGGUUGAGGAAACAUUGUGUCGAGUGGGCGGGGAGAGAACGACAGACCGACUGCUUCACAACUCUGACCCUUUCUCUCACAGUCGCCCUAGUAAGGAUUAACCUACUUUCACUCUUCUGACCCUCGACAUGUCAAACAACAACGCCAGCAGCAACUUGGUCGUCGCUCAGAGAGUAGUGAAACAGCUGCGGUUGGAGGCCAGUGUCCGUAGGAUCAAGGUGUCUCAGGCUGCAGUGGACCUGAAGAACUACUGUCUGCAGAACGCUCACCAGGACCCUCUCCUGAUGGGGGUCCCCUCCAGUGACAACCCCUUCAGACCCCCCAAGUCCUGCAGCCUGUUCUGAGCAGUCAGUGUAUGGAGGAGGAGUUGUUGCUGUAUGUCCUAUGAGGGACCCUUCCUCUUCUCUCUCUACUGCUGGUCCAUUUGUGUGUUGCAGCUCUCCCAAUGUUAACCUCUAGCCUGAUCCCAGAUCUGGCAUGCCAAGGCACGACAAUGACCAAAGAUGUUGGCAAGACCGCACAAACAGAUCUGGGACCAGGCUAGACAGUCCAUGUAUUAAGAUAAAGCCUAGUAGUGCCAUUAUACAUGUAUGUUCAGGAUGUUGAUGUGAUAUCCUAUUUGUUAUGAUGAUCAUGAUGAUGACAUUGUAUUUGGGUUGUAACUUCCUGAAAACUCCCCAGUUUUCCAGAAAUUCCUGUUGUAAGAUUCCUGGAAUCGGGAGGGAAUAAGCAGAAAACCCAGGAAUCUUCUACUGGAAUUUCUGGAAAAAUCUGUCAAGUUUUGUAAAGUUACUGUAGUUCUCCAACCCUAACUUGUAUCUAUGCACUGUACUUCCCACCAGUAUGAUAUCAGCCUCUGACAGGCAGGCAGCCAGUGAAUGUGCCUUUGAUGUUGUCUCCCAAAUAGCACCCUAUUCCCUAUAUUAUUAUAAUAAUAAUAAUAAUAAUAAUAAUAAUAUAUGCCAUUUAGCAGACGCUUUUAUCCAAAGCGACUUACAGUCAUGUGUGCAUACACUACUUUUGACCAGAGCCCUGUUCCCUAUAUAGUGCACUACUUUUGACCAGAGCCCUGUUCCCUAUAUAGUGCACUACUUUUCACCAGAGCCCUGUUCCCUAUAUAGUGCACUACUUUUGACCAGAGCCCUAUAGUGCAGUAUAUAGAGAAUAGGGUGUUAUUUGGGAUGCAACUUAUGUGUCUGACGACAUGUUCAGCACAAUAAGGAAGUGACCAACCGUUGAAUGUUUUAACCAGGGUACGUAUUGAUGUUUAACCUACAGUUCUAGCCGAUUGGCCUACAUGCUGUCUUGUCACCUUCUAUUGCUUGUGUUCCACAUGCAGUAUACUUCCUGGUACAAACUACCACAUGGUACAGGUUGACAUUCUCAACCCAGGGAUCCAGAACCAUAGAAUUAGAAUCUAGAAUUCAUGUGGAACACUAACCACAUCUCCCCAGUUGUACUCUAUACAAGAGACUGACACUAACCACAUCUCCCCAGUUGUACUCUAUACAAGAGACUGGCAGUUACAUGUUUCUUUUAAACUUUCGUCGACCUAUUUUAUGAAAUAAUCUGCCUUUUUAUCGAAGGGUUUGUUCAUUCGGUUGUGAUGAUACUGAUGUGAUCUUAAAUGUUACAUUGUUGUGCCCUCCUGUACCUUUUUUUUUAGGAAGACACUCCUGUCCUUGGCCUUUCUCCCUGGAAAUACUCCUGUCCUUCUCAUGGUUUUACACUAGCCUUCAUUCAGUCACAGAUAACACUAUAGCAUGGUUUUACACUAGCCUUCAUUCAGUCACAGAUAACACUAUAGCAUGGUUUUCCACUAGCCUACAUUCAGUCACAGAUAACACUAUAGCAUGGUUUUACACUAGCCUUCAUUCAGUCACAGAUAACACUAUAGCAUGGUUUUACACUAGCCUACAUUCAGUCACAGAUAACACUAUAGCAUGGUUUUACACUAGCCUACAUUCAGUCACUGAUAACACUAUAGCAUGGUUUUACACUAGCCUACAUUCAGUCACAGAUAACACUAUAGCAUGGUUUUACACUAGCCUACAUUCAGUCACAGAUAACACUAUAGCAUGGUUUUACACUAGCCUACAUUCAGUCACAGAUAACACUAUAGCAUGGUUUUACACUAG